UAAAAUUUUCCAAUACCAAAAAAAUAUAUUCCAAAUUUGAAGAAACAUGGCAGGAUUACCGAGGCUUAUCACGUUGAUGAGAAGCUCACGUUUCUUCCAAUAUGAAACAGAAGAAGGGGAAUUGCACGCGACCGUGCGAAAUACAUCUGAUACAAUAAUUAGUGAGAACAACUUCACCUUGUUUGAAGUGAAGAGUUCAAAAGUUCAUCAGGGUAUGGUCCACAUCAUAAGUCUCUACAAUAACAGGUACUUGCGGCUCAACCCAACCGGAGCGUUUAUUUCUGCCACUGCAGACGAGCUCGAGGAAGACCGUGCCGAACGGUCUUGCACUUUGUUCAGGUUUGUCAUCUCCGGCAACAAAGUGCGCUUUUUCCACCAGUCCGAUAAUGUUGAGCGGAAUGUGGUAGUUUAUCAAGGUGGUAUCCUCGGAGUCCAGGCAGGUAUCAACAUUACAUAUAACUUGGAAUUUACUGACAUGACCAACUUUGUAAUCUUGCCGAAGCACGUAAUGUUCAAAGGGGAUGAUGGGAAUUACUUAAGAGCACGUAAAAAUAAAAAUCUGGCGUUCGUUGCCAACGACCCCACGGAUCCGAGAGUGCACCACAUUGCAAGGCUUUCAUCACCUCGUGUUGCUCGUUUUAGCCUACUGUCCCCCAGAUUCAAUCUGUACUGGCAGAGGAUGAACGGUGAUUGGCUCCAAUGCAACUCCAGCGUACCGUUUGCGACGAACACGACCUUCCGUCCAGUGAGGCAGGGUUUUGGUGACCAGAACAGAUCCAUAGCUCUGUUGAAUACGACUAACAACAGGUACUGUGAGAGAUGGACCCAAGGGGGGAGCGCUGGUCGUCUUAGAGCUUCCUCCUCGGGCAUUGUACGUACUGCGCUGCUGACAGUGGAGGAGGCAAUCCGGGAUCGAGAAAUCUCUGACAUCAGGUAUCGUCUGGAGGAUGCACGCAUCUACAAUAUGAUUCCUCUAGAGUCCAGAAGCCAAAUUGUGUAUAACUAUGGCGAUAAUGAAGAGAUACAAAAGGUGUCAUUCACCUACAGCGAGGUGAUAGAGGAGAAGUUCAGCUCGUCACAUUCGUGGAAACUGUCGGCCAAGGCUACCAUCAGGGUUAGAUUGAUCCCAGUGAUACUUCAGGGGAAACUGACUACAACUGCAAGCUACGGAGGUAGUGUUGAAUGGUCCCAAAAGAAAACAAUUGAGAGAACAGUGACUGGCUCCACAACCGCUACAGUACCAGCAAGGAAAGCUAGAAGGGUGACCUUGAUAGUUGGACAGGGUUUCAUGGACGUCCCUUACUCUUACAGACAAAGGGACAUCCUUAUGGAUGGAACCUUCGAGGAAAAGACUAUGCACGAUGGCCUUUUCUCGGGUCUCAACACAUUUGAAUUACAGUAUAUUCUCGGUGAAGCUGAAGACCUUCCUCGUAGUGCUAGGCCGCCAAUAGGCCAUGGUGACAUUGUCAUCGUGCCAGGUGAGACCAAGGUCCUCUCUACAAUGGCCAUCUCGCGUGAAGUCGAUGUGGAAGGAAAAGAGGAUCCGGAACUAGCUCCAAUGGAAGAUCAACAAGAUCCCCUGCCAAGGCCCUCCAAGCUUUAGUUACUUGCAUACACUAGGUCGGUGUUCUAUUAAUAAUGUGUGUUUUCCUAUAACACACGUAUUGUUUUUGUUAUUAUGGUUGUACUUUGCUUGUUUUGAGGGUGCAUUGUCAUUCAAUAAUUCUACUCCUUUUGUUUAAUUUUCUUGUUUCAUAUCCAACUCUGUAUGUUAUGUUAUUUCCUUUGUUUCUUUCUUACCCCUUUUCAUAUUAAUUAAGUUCCAAUAAAGUAUGUUUUUUCUCCA